UAAUGAGUUUAAUUACAGGCCCAGUUGUUGUUCUCACUUUUCUCCAGAUUUUUUUGAUGCUUUUUCUAUUGGUCAUUCCCAGUUCAGCUCAAAGUUGCACACAGUGUCUAGCUAAGAGAGAGGGUCUAGUGCACUAUCCUACCACCCUUGCUCCACAUUUUGGAGUAAUAACUGUCAGUACAGAAUGUGCCGACAAUGCUGCUCUGGCAACUGGCUCUAGUCUGAGUGUCAGGUGUAGCUCUAGUGGUAGCUGGACUGGUACAACUCCUCAGUGUGAAUGUGAUACUGGAUAUCAUGCAGUCACUGUCAGUGGGAGGCAGAUUUGUCAAAGUGUUAAUACAUGCCCUGCUAGAAAUGUUGGUCUAGUUCGCUAUCCUACUACACUAGCUCCAGCCAGUGGAUCAUUGACUGUCACUACACAGUGUGCUGACAAUGCUCACGUCAGAACUGGCUUUAGUCUGAGUGUCAGGUGUAGCUCUAGUGGUAGCUGGACUGGUACAACUCCUCAGUGUGAAUGCAACGAUGGAUACCGUGCAGUCACUGUUAGUGGAAGUCAGAUUUGUCAAAGUGCCCCAACUACUUGCACAGCUAGAAAUGUUGGUCUAGUUCGCUAUCCUACUACACUAGCUCCAGCCAGUGGAUCAUUGACUGUCACUACACAAUGUGCUGACAAUGCUCACAGAACCAGUCAAAGUUUGAAUGUCAGGUGUACCUCUAGUGGUGGCUGGUCUGGUACAACUCCUCAGUGUCAGUGCAAUACUGGAUAUCGUGAAACUGGAGAUGCUACUCAACGCAUAUGUGAAGCUAUUCCAAGCUGCCCAAGAAGAAUUGUGGGUCUAGUCUACUAUCCUAGCACACUGGCUCCUGAUUUUGGGACUAAAGAUGUGCUGGCACGAUGUGCUGACAAUGCCCGCCUAGUUGGCUCUAUAAGUCUGAGUGUCAGGUGUACCUCAAGUGGUAUAUGGCCUGGUCAAACCCCUGAAUGCCAAUGUGAUGAUGGAUAUCGUGAAUACACCGAGGAAAACAGACAAAUUUGUCAAGCAAUAACUUGUGGACCUAAGAACGUUGGUCUUGUUCAUUAUCCUACUACAUUCGGGAAAAGAUUGGGAGACGUGCAGUGUGUGGAUCAUGCCCACCAAAUCACACCUGGCUUCACUGCCUGGUGCGACGGCAGUGGUAACUGGUCGGAUGAGAUCCUCGAGUGUGAAUGUGAUGAAGGAUAUCGUGUCGUCACUCAAUACGAGAAGAAAAUUUGUCAAGCUGUUCCAAGCUGUCUUGCUAAGACUGUUGAUCUAGUUCACUAUCCUAAUACACUAGCUCCUAGCAGUGUAUCUAGAUCUAAGACAGUCGCUGUACAAUGUGCCGACAAUGCUCAUGUCAGAACUGGUUCUAGUCUGAGUGUCAGGUGCAACUAUAAUGGAAACUGGUCCACUGACGUUCCACACUGUGAUUGCGAUGAUGGAUAUCGGCCAAUAUCUGAGGAUAAUAAGAUGCUAUGCGAAGCAACAGUUUGUGAAGCUAAGAGUGUGGGUCUAGUUCGGUAUCCUGCUACAUUUGGUGGCUCAGUGGCUGAUCUGCAAUGUGCUGACAAUGCUCACAGCAACAGCUCCAAUAAUAUGAGAGUUUUGUGUAACUCAAUUGGUGUCUGGUCCGACCAUAGCCUUCCAGAGUGCCUCUGUGAUGAUAAAUAUCGCAUUGUCAACAGAAAAGGAGAAGGCAUAAUAUGUGAAGCUAUUCCUAGCUGUCAAGCUAAGAUUGAGGGUCUAGUUCGCUAUCCCAACACACUAGCCCCGAAAAUUGGAUCAGAUACUGUUAUUGCAGAGUGUGCAGACAAUGCUCAGAGAACAAGCACCAGUCUGAAUGUGACGUGUCUUUCCAACGGUGAAUGGUCUGGUGUGAUUCCUCAGUGCGAAUGUGAUCUCGAAUACUACAGAGCUACUAUUAGUGACAAGCAGAUAUGUCUUGCUAUUCCGCCUACUCUGUGUGAGGCAAUGAGUGAAGGUCUGGUUCGCUAUCCGAAUUGGAUAGCUCCACUCGUUGGCACGGAGACUGUCGCUACACAGUGUGCUGACAAUGCCCACAGAACCAGCACUAGUCUCAAUGUCACGUGCACUUCUGACGGCAUAUGGUCUGGUCCGAUACCUGUGUGUGAGUGUGAUGAUGAACACCACGUGUCAACCGCUGAUGAUGGAAGAGAUAUAUGCAAAGGUGACAACUUGAUGUUCACAAUGAUAUCACUGCUAACUGUCUCGGGAGGAGCUCUCCUCAUACUUUUAACCCUCAUCACUAUCACCAUCCUCGCCAUACGUCUGCUGAAGGUGUCCAUUAAAAGACCUAAACACUCAGAGUCCUAUGAUCAACUUUGGGUACGCACGGCCAAUAACUCUGGUGGCUUUCCUACUAGUAGUACCUUUGGAAUGAGCAACAUUAUGGGGACUAGAGAAGAUGAUGAGGAUGAGGAAGAUUGUAGCCCAAGUAGUCAACCACCCAAUAAAAGUUUAGAGACUCGGCUCGUGAGUACAUCCAGACAAGUAGACAACAUGGAAGGUGUUGUUUUUCCAAGCCAUUUAUGACGACAAAACACGUGGAAGAAAAGGAAGAAGACAGGGAAAAUGGUGGUGGUUUACCGGGCCAGGUCUCCCCGGGAGUCGAAACGGAGGAGCCGAGAGACGGAGAAUGCUUGGGCGAUGCUACAAGCCAAACCACCGUGGAAAGUGCAGAAAGUUCAGAGUUUUGUGAAGAAGAGAUAGAAGAAGAAGAAAGUGAGAAUGAGGUUGGUACAGUGAGCCUGCAAACUGUCCCCAUCACUCGGCAAGAUAAUUUGGGCUACGUUGAAGAGAUAUUAUAUGCUGAGGUUCAUUGUCCUAGGAAAAAGGUUGACAAAAGAAGCGACCCCAAAGAAGCAGAGAGUGAAAAUGACGAUACAAUGACUCAACCUCCACAACAACAAAGUGCAGCGGUAGCAGCAGCAGUGCCUGAGAGCAGAGAGUACGAUGACAUCGUGUCGAGCGACCGCAGGAUAAAGAAGCCGAGAAAUAUCGAGGACGUGGAGGAGAUUUAUGAUGUCGUUGUCAACCAGUUGGCCACUAGAAAGGACUCGACAUCCACACCCACGCCGCGUGUCAAAGCAUACGCCGUGUAUACAGUGCCAGCUCCUUAUGAAGUUCCCAUUUCUACAAAUGAGGCAUAUGCCCCGAGUGAAAAUGUCCCAGUUUUAACAAAUGCAGCGUACAAGACAUGCGAGGAGGUAAAAAGUGAGGGUCAUGCCUACGAUUCAGUGAACUAAAACGAGACAGAAGUUUGUGACUGUACAUGCUUAUGACUAAUGACAGUUUUACAACUGUACCUAACUCAAUAAUUGUCAGUAAGUAUGCCUCCUGUUGAAUGUAAGUUAAUAGUGCAGGCUUAACAUGUAUGGCUGUCAUAAUUUGCAUUGGAGUUUAAGACAUAAAUUUUUUAAAGCCAAUUUUAU